AUGGCUCACACCCGCGCUCCCACCCGCGCUCGCGCUCGCCGUCACCGGCUCCUCCGCGAGCCGCCAGCACCUCAUGCCUUCGCAGCCGCCGUCCUUGCCGCUGCCGUUGCUCUCCUGACCGCCGCCGCGGUUCCCGGUGUGACUGUACAGGGCGCGCCGUUAGCGGGGCCGGCGUGCGUGAACGAGUUUCCCUCGAAGCCGCUGUGCAGGUUCGUGGAUGACCUGGCGGCCGCGCCGCGCGUGGAGGUGGACGCGUCCACGGGGAGGACGAUCCGCAUCGGCGCGUAUCAGAUCUACCAGAAGCUGCACCGCGACCUGCCCCCCACGAAGCUGUACGCCUAUGGGCUCAACGAGCGCACUGCUCACUACCCUGGCCCCACUCUUGUUGCCAGGCGCGGGAUUGCCACCAAGGUGCGGUGGGAAAACCACCUGAGGGACAGGGAGCACAUGUUUACAGUGGAUUACACCCUCAUGGGCGUUGCUUAUCCCAAGCACGGCGGCAUCCCCAUUGUGAUCCACAGGCACGGCGGGGAGACCCCAUCGCACUCCGACGGCCACCCACAGGCGUGGUUCACGCAGUUCGGGGAAACAGGCCCCACGUACCGCUCGCGGCGCUACACGUACCCCAACGACCAGCAGGCGGCCACCCUGUGGUACCACGACCAUGCCGUCGGCAUCACGCGCCUCAACGUGGCUGCUGGCAUGGCCGGGCUGUACGUCCUCACCGACCCCAAAGGCGUCGAGAGGAAGCUUCGCGCGCAGCUUCCAGCCCCGGAGUUUACUGUGCCACUGGCGAUCUCGGACCGCUCGUUCUUUGCCAACGGGUCGAUUGACUACCCCUCCAAGGGCUGGGAGCCUGAGUAUUUCGGAACCACCAUCCUUGUCAGCGGCCUGGUCUGGCCGUACCUAUCAGUGAGGCGCACGAGGUACCGCUUCCGAGUGCUGGGGGCGGCCAGCAGCCGCUUCUUCAAUCUGCGCUUCGUGUGCGCCGCCCCCUCCAACUACCCCGACUUCACUCCGCCCAUCACAGGCCAUGCGCUGCCCAUCGUGCAGAUCGGCACGGACGGAGGCUACCUGCCCCGCCCCGUGACCCGCGCCUCGCUGCUGCUGGCCCCGGGGGAGCGCCACGACAUUCUCGUCGACUUCGCCUCGCUGCCCGCCUCCUGUGCCGACGUCAUUCUCACCAACGACGCCCCCGCGCCCUUCCCCUCGGGCAAGGCGCCGGGCCGCAACGCCACGGGGGUGGUGAUGCGCUUCAUUGUGGACCGCUCGGGGGGUGUUGUGCCGUCGCCUCCUGUGCCCAAGAAGCUUGUUUCCCUUCCGAAGCUGCGUCUCUCGCGUGUAACCAAGGAGAGGUGGAUGAGAGCCGUGCAGCUGUCUUCCCCCCAACGCAUCACCUUCGAUGGCCGCGGCUUCAGUGACGCCCCCACUGAGACUCCCAAGCGGAACGCGGAGGAGCUAUGGCACAUAAUCAACGACACGCCAGACGCCCACCCCAUCCACCUGCACCUCAUCAUGCACCGCCCCCUCGCCCGCCGCCCCUUCAACCGCACCGCCUACCGCAGCGGCCUCUGCUCCUUUCCUGGCAACGCCUCCCUGCCCAGCUGCUUCACGGGGGAGGGGAGCAGCGUGCGUGUGAGUGGGAGGGCGGGCAGUGUGGGGGAGUACGAGCGCGGGUGGAAGGACACCACGGUGCUGCAGCGGGAUGAGGUGCUCACCCUCUGGACUGGAUGGUUCUCCCAGGACGGGUCGCCGUUCCCCUUCAACCCCACGCGUGGUCCGGGAUACGUGUGGCACUGCCACAUCCUGGAGCACGAGGACAACGACAUGAUGCGCCCGCUUAUCAUCAACUGGGCGCAGACAGUUUCGACCUUAUCCACCCACUUCAUCACUGAUGGUGCUCCUCUUUUCCGCCCCUACGUCACCACGGACUCCAUUAACCUCCUCGACCCUUCAAUCUCAUCCACCAUGACUAUGCUUCCCCAAGACAUUCGUGAUCGCUUCCCAUCAUGGCCUGUGCUUCAAUCGGGCUACCCUCCUAAACUCUUUACUCAUCUCUCCCAACACCUCGAAGCCGAUUUGCUGGAGAAGGUUCGAGCCACAGUAACGUCCCCGCUUCGCCUUGCUCGUCUAACCUCUUUGCAGGGCCCGCAUGCAGGUGACUGGCUCACUGUGGCUCCAUCCUCCCCGCACAUGCAGCUUUCAAAGACUGAAUGGCGCAUUGCAGCAGCUAUCCGUUUAGGCCUUCCUCUCCCUCACCUUUCAUCUUCGCUCACCUGCACCUGCAACUCCCCGUUCACCGAUCCUUCCAUCCAUUCUCAUGUCCUUCGCUGCCCUAGCAACAACGAGCCUACUAAGGUGCACGACGCAAUCAAACGAGAAGUUCAUCGCAUUGCCUUGGAGCUUGGGUUCUCUGCGCAGAUGGAAGACCAGCAUCUCCUGCCUGGCCGCCGCACAGACAUCACGUGCCGCGACAUUAGCUCUGGUACCACCUGGGCCUUGGAUGUUUCUGUUGCUGAUCCACAAAAGGGGUUUCCGCACUCCAACGCAGCUACGGUGAUUGGUUCAGCAGCAGCCACUCGUGAAAGUGAGAAGACCACCCACUAUGCUACAGCACUUCAUGACCGUCCAGACAUCAAACUGUUUCCCCUUGUCAUCGAAACCUUCGGUUGCUUCGGCUCUUCGUUCAACAACUUCCUUCGCCAAUGUAGCCGCAAAGGGGCGUCACAACUCCGCGACUUGAGUGGUGCUACAGAUUCUCUUCCCCUGCUGUUUGAGACCAACUUCUACAAACGGAUUUCUCUGGUCCACCAACCUUCCGCUCCUGUCUCCCCCGCCUCCCGUUCCUUCCCUCUCCCGUCCCUCUUCUCCGUUCUUCCCUCCCUUCUCCUGUCUCUCCUCUCCUUUCAUCACUUUCUUCCGCCUGUUCCUCCCCUCCUCGCUUCCCUCACCUAUUCCCUCCCCCCCGUGCCUACACUCCUCUUUUUCCCCUUCCUCAACCUCCGCUACCUCCCCUUGCUCUCCCUCCUCUCCCUCACCCUCUUCUCCCUCCUCUCGCUCACCCCCCUCUCCCUCCACACUCACCCGUACUCACCCUCCUCUCUCUGA